AUGGCGGCAAAUCUUGGUGCAUCAAAUGCGGAUUCUAUCAAAGUUCCUUUCGACAGCGUCUGUGCAAGCGGGUGUGAAGACGACAAGAAUAGCGUCAAAGGCCCUAUUUCUCUUGUCAACUACAACACGAAGGUUGUCAGCACAAGAGCAGAUGGUGCCAGUGUCAACUUUGGGGUUUACUCGGGUAUACUAACACAAAUGAAAAAUGAGAGAGUGUCUCAUUACAAUUCACCGUGCAAACCACAGUCUAGAGCUUGCUUUGAAAGCUGUUGUGCAAGGUUUCAAUUGCUUUUGCAAAGUAGAUUACUUUUAUCAGAGCAUUUGGUCUUGCUAAGAAACUCUGGUAAAUUGAAAGCUGAAAUAAAAAAAGCAUGCAAAGCAUUGAAUGUCACUUUAUUAUUCGUUGUCGAAAAUCCAUGGAGCACAAUUUUUGAACCACCGUAGGCGAAGCUGCAAAAACACUCCUUCAUGACUGGCCUGCGCUUAUUACAGCAUUCAAUAAUACCUUGGCUACAAUUGCAGGAUGUCGCCCAGAAACACGAGCCAAGCUGAAAGGGUUUGUGAAAAAGCUUAAGAACUACCCUUUUCUUUCCCAGGUUGUUGGAUACUUGGACAUCCUCAACAUGUUAGGCCUUCAUUGUUUGGUUUUCGAAGAGAGCAAGUUAGUGGCCUUUGAGAUUCCGUGUUCUGUGGCGCAAACGCUUGACACACUAGAGAAAAUCUCUGAAGAGGGAGUGCACAAUCUGUCAUUGUCAAGCCAUUUUGCAAAAUUUCACGUAGAACAAAAUGAUGAAGGUGAAACUAAUGAGCACAUUGAUGGCAUAAGAGUAACAUAUCCAAAUGCUGGACAUGAAAAACGUAAAGUAGAUAACCACGAGUAUCUGGAAGUUAACUUAGACGAAAUGGAAAGUGUUGGUAUUGACACGGUUCAAAGAACCCUGUCCCGAAGGAAAUACCAUUUAGUACGAAUAACCAACUACGACCAAUCUCAUUGA